AAGCAAGAAACGCGACCUCUCGGUCCUGUAAUAGGACUCCUAUUAUUAGCUCAACGGACCCGUCCGUUCAUCAAGAAGCCCCUUUCUCCUAUUCUUCUCCUUCGCCCCUUCCUCGACGGAGUUCUAGGGUUUCCGGCCAUCGAUUCGAGGCCCAGAUUUUUCCCAUCUCGCAAACCCUAGCCAUGGCGGCCGUCGCCGUCGCGGCGGAGUGGCAGCUUCUCCACGACCGCUAUUACCGCAAGCUCGAGAUCUACUCCAUGCAGUGGGGCCGCAUGGACCUCGCCCGCCACCGCGUUGCCUGUGCUCCCUUCGGCGGCCCCAUCGCCGCCAUCCGCGACGACUCCAAGAUCGUUCAGCUCUACGCCGAGUCCGCCCGCCGCAAGCUUCACAUCUUCAACUCCGCCGGCGUCCACCUCGCCUCCGCCGCGUGGGACCGCCCCGGCGGCCGUCUCGUUGGCAUGGCCUGGACCGACGACCAGUCCCUUGUCUGCGUCGUCCAGGACGGCACCGUCUACCGCUACAACCUCCGCGCCGAGCUCUCCGCCCCCCAAUUCUCCAUGGGCAAGGAGUGCUUCGAGCAGGGCGUCGUCGAAUGCGUCUUCUGGGGGAACGGCAUGAUCUGCCUCACCGAGGACCGCCAGAUCUUCUGCGUCCCUGACUUCAAGAACCCGAAGCCGUGCAAGCUCGCCGACCCGGGUAUAGAGGAGUAUCCUUUGUGUGUUACCGUCGUCGAGCCUCAGUACACGAUGUCGGGGAACGUGGAGGUGCUUCUUGGGGUCGGCGAUUACGUCUUGGCUGUGGAGGAGGACGGAGUCCAGCAGCUCGGGAUCGGAGUGGGCCCGUUGCAGAAAAUGGCUCUCUCACACAAUGGGAAGUAUCUUGCUACCUUCACGCAUGAUGGGCGGCUCCUGGUCAUUACCACGGAUUUCUCCAGGAUCAUUUUGGAGUACAACUGCGAGUCAGCAUUGCCCCCAGAACAGAUAGCUUGGUGUGGGCUGGACAGUGUGCUACUCUAUUGGGAUGAAAUGCUUCUGAUGGUGGGUCCCCGUGGAAAUCCAGUUCGUUAUCUGUAUGAUGAACCAAUAAGACUCAUUCCAGAAUGUGAUGGAGUAAGAAUUCUCUCAAAUUCAUGUAUGGAAUUGAUACAACGAGUUCCUGAUUCCACUGUUUCAAUCUUUCAAAUUGGAAGCACAUCUCCGGCAGCUUUAUUAUAUGAUGCUUUGGAUCACUUUGACAGGCGAAGUGCUAAGGCUGAUGAAAACCUACGAUUGAUUCGAUCCUCUCUGCCAGAGGCAGUGGAGGCUUGUAUAGAUGCUGCUGGGCAUGAAUUUGAUGUUUCACGCCAACGCAUACUACUGAGAGCUGCUAGUUAUGGCCAGGCUUUCUGCAGUCAUUUUCCACAAGACCGUGAUCGCUUUCAAGAAGUGUGCAAAAUACUGCGAGUAUUAAAUGUUGUUCGCAACCAUGAGAUUGGGAUCCCACUGAGCAUUCAACAAUAUAAGGUGCUUACAGCACCAGUUCUGAUUGGGCGCUUGGUUAAUGCCAACCACCACCUUGUGGCUCUUCGAAUCUCUGAGUACCUUAACUUGAACCCUGAGGUGGUUCUAAUGCAUUGGGCAUGUUCUAAGAUAACAGCUUCACCAGCUAUUCAAGAUGCUGCUCUUCUUGAAAUCUUGCUUGACAAGCUGAAAUUAUGCAAAGGCAUAUCUUAUGCGGCAAUUGCUGCUCAUGCGGAUAACACUGGGCGGCGAAAGUUAGCUGCAUUGCUUGUUGAUCAUGAGCCAUGUUCUUCCAAACAGGUCCCUCUGUUGCUAAGCAUUGGGGAAGAAGACACUGGACUGCUUAAGGCAACUGAAAGUGGUGAUACUGACCUUGUUUAUCUUGUUCUUUUCCACAUCUGGCAGAAGAAGCCUGCUUUAGAUUUCUUUGGAACAAUAAAUGCAAGACCUUUAGCUCGAGAUUUGUUCAUUGCAUAUGCAAGAUUCUAUAAGCAUGAAUUUUUGAAGGACUUCUUCCUGUCAACAGGGCGACUUCAAGAUGUUGCUUUCCUCUUGUUAAAGGAAUCAUGGCACCUAGAAAAGAAUCCAAUGGCAAGCAAAGGAGGAUCUCCUCUCCAUGGACCACGCAUAAGGCUUAUUGAGCAAGCUCAGAAGCUUUUCUCUGAGACCAAGGAGCACACCUUUGAAUCAAAAGCUGCUGAGGAGCAUGCAAAAUUGUUGAGGUUGCAACAUGAGUUAGAAGUCUCUACAAAGCAGGCUAUAUUUGUUGGUUCUAGCAUCAGCGAUACAAUUCGAACUUGCAUUGUACUGGGAAACCAUCGAGCUGCAAUGAGAGUGAGAGCAGAAUUCAAGGUUUCAGAGAAGAGAUGGUACUGGCUGAAAGCGUUCGCAUUGGCUACUGUGAGAGACUGGGAUGCUUUAGAAAAGUUUUCAAAAGAGAAGAGGCCACCGGGUGGUUAUAAACCCUUUGUGGAAGCCUGUAUUGAUGCUGACGAGAAAGCGGAAGCUCUCAAAUACAUUCCAAAACUUGCAGAACCCCGGGAAAGAUCAGAGGCAUAUGCGCGAAUUGGCAUGGCCAAGGAAGCUGCAGAUGCUGCAUCACAGGCUAAAGAUGGUGAACUGUUCGGUCGACUAAAACUAACCUUAGCACAAAAUGCUGCUGCGUCCUCCAUCUUUGACACCUUGCGGGACAGAUUAUCUUUCCAAGGAGUUUAUUAACAAAUCUUUUGGAUACAUUUAAAUUUAUGUAUGCAGCUCCAUGGCAAUGCAUGAAAUAGUAGUCAACCUUGAUUUCAUGCAUCAUUCCUCUGUUUUUAGUCUGGAAACUUUUUGGCGCUAUAUUGCGCGAUGCCCUUGUUUCCUCGUUGGCUGCCUUCCCUUUUUUGGCGUCAAUGUUGGUAAUCUUCUGUUUGGCUUUUGAAGGAAGCAUAAAUGUUAGCGCUGUUCUGAAUGGCUGAAAUAUUUAUAGUUACAACGUUUGCUAGCUGAGCAAUCGUUGUUUAAGAAAGUGUUGUAAAGAAAUGGUUUGUGCUUUAAAAUUUUUUUUGGUAAAUCGGAUAUAGUAUUGUGCGAUAAAA